CAAAUCGCUGCACAAGUUGGACUUAAAUCACGCUUUAAAUUUAUUUUGUAUUGGAAAAAUGAGUGUAUUUCCUGGAAUACAAUUAUUUUUAUUUUGCGUGCUUGUUUUAACCACAAGCACUAAAGGAGAUGUGUGUACAACGCCAAACGGUGAGGACGGCGAAUGUGUAAAUAUUAAGACUUGCGAAUCUUUAAUGGCCAUCGUUAAAAAGCAACCUAUAACAGACAUUGACCAUUUUAUAUUAAAAUCUCAUGCUGAGGUCUGCACUUACACAAACCAACCGUAUAGCGCUUGCUGUCCUAUAUCUGAAAGGCCAGUGCCUGAGACUACAACCACGACGACACUCGUUCCGCCAAUCGAGAAAAGUUGUAUUGUCGGUCACUGUGUUAAGAUACAAAAUUGUAGUGCCUUAUAUGGCAUCGCUAUGAACACCAAUAUAACACAAGAAGAUAGAAGAUAUUUAAAAGAUAAGCAAUGCAAAAGUAACGAUAAUUCCGUUAGUGUGUGUUGCCCGGAUGAUGAUGAUGAGGUGCCUAUAAUUUCUGAUGCAGCCGGUCAGGUAUGCAAAACACCGAGGGGUGUGCCUGGUAUUUGUUUGGAUGCAGCUGAUUGCUUGGCCAUAGCAAUACUUCUUAGAAAAGAUCAAUCAACACAAGAAGAAAUGGAGUUUUUGGAUAAGAGCAGAUGUGAUAGUUCAGAGAGAUAUUGUUGUCCAACGGUGGUUUCUCCCGUACCAGAAGCGGAAACUCCCACAACAACAGCCGUUCCUAAAGUGGAAAAAUGUGAAACACCUAAUGGUGCUAAUGGCACUUGUAUUUCCGUUAUACAUUGCGAAUCGCUGAUGCGGGUUCUACAGAAACCUGACUUUUUUGAAAAUGAUGCUAAAUAUUUGAAUGCUAGCUUCUGCGGCGAUGGCGCUAAGUUUCCAAAAGUUUGCUGUCCAGAGGCGCUGGUGGCGGAAGAAUUGAGUUUACCGCUGCCGCCAUAUUGCGGCGUAGUGUUCCCAGCUGAAAGUUAUUUCGACGCCGGUUCAAUUACCAGCAACGAGGAAUAUCCCUGGACAGCGUUGCUCCUUUACACAAAAAUGGGAAAAACUCGUCCCUACUGCGGCGGCACGCUUAUACACGAGCGUUAUGUGCUCACCGCAGCGCAUUGUCUGUAUGAGAAUGAGCCAGAGUGGACCUUAACCGGCGCACGUUUGGGUGUGUGGGCUACAACAGUGAUGCAGGAUUGUAAAAAUCAGGCGUUGGCCGAUCAAAUGGAUUGUGAGUCAAACUCAAUCGAUUUGGCUGUGAGCAAAGUAAUCAAACAUCCCGAAUAUGAGUCGCUGUAUAACGAUCUCGCGUUGCUGCAAUUGACUGCGUCGGUACAUACCACACGUUACGUAGCACCGAUUUGUUUACCCUUCGAAACUGAACACGUAUCGGCUAGUUUUAACGACGAUAAGAUACUGCAAAUAUCCGGAUGGGGCGCGCACUUGUUCGAGGAAGUAGCAGAAUUCAAAAUGAAAUCUAUUGUUCAUAUAUCCAGCUUGGAGCAAUUUAAGGAUCGUUUUUUGACUGAAGCCGGCAUUAAUUUGACAGCAAAACACGUUUGUGUAAAAGAUAAAGGUGUUCAUGACAACAGAAUUUUAGAUUCUGGCGGGGCGCUGAUGUCGCUAGCGAACGUUGGAAAAAUGCAGUCAUUUUUUUUGCUGGGUGUCGAAGCUAUAAGCUAUGAAAUUCCGCCAGAACAGGGGUUUCCAUUUAUUUUUACGCGCAUUAGUCCGUAUUUGGAUUGGAUAAAAAGGGAAAUUCGCGAAAAUUAAUUAAUUGGGACUUAGGUUAAAGUAAAAAAAUCAAUAAUAAUUUGCGCCGAUUAUUA